GCCUAUAUAAACGCGGUCAUUUCAUGAGAGAUCACCAUACUGAAAAUUGCAAUGUCUUCUACGUGGAUUCACCUGCUGGGACUGCUGGCUCUGUUCCUUUUCGUCAACCUGGCCACAGGAGAACCCUUUCCCUUCGACGAGAGGCGCCACAGGGGAUGGAAUCCACGUCCGGGAUCAAUGCCGCAGAUUCCCACCACACCACCUUUUAAUCCAUAUGGAUAAGGUGACACAAAAAUUAUUAUAGCUGUCUUAAUUUCAAUCCAACUACUUUAUUGGAAGAUGAAAGUUGCAGAUUCCCACCAUACCAACCUAUUAAUCCGUAUGGUUAAAACGAUAUUGUAACAAAAAUAUUUGUAUAUAAACACCCAAAAUAAAUAUAUCCCACUUAUUUUCUAUAUUGAA